AUGGCUGCUCAUCCUGUUGAAUCAGAAGCAAGCAGUGAAACAGACAAUCACCCUUUACUGAUAGACCACAUGGAAAAUACUGCUCAUCUUGAGAUUGCAAUUGAGAGCCCAAGGGAUGAUGUUGCUUCAUCGUCAACCACUCGUCGGGAGGAUAAUGAUGGUUUGGAUCGAUUGCCUCACAUCUCAGAAAGUUCUUCGGAGACAACUACUGCAUCUAACUCUCAAAGUGCUCCUCUAGCAAGAAGAGAUGCUAAUCGUGCUCGUCAUCGGCAAAGUCCGUUGAAUUCUAGUUGCUGGAUCUCCAUUGAGCUUGUUGUAACAGUUAGCCAGAUUAUAGCGGCCAUUUGUGUUCUGUCAUUGUCAAGGAAGGAACGUCCGCAUUCUCCAUUAUUUGAGUGGGUCAUUGGUUAUACGGUAGGUUGUGUUGCUACUCUUCCUCUUCUCUACUGGCGCUAUCUCCAUCGCAACCGCCCAACAACUGGGCAAGAACCAGCAAGUCAGAACUUCCCUCCGAACAGCAUACCUGAGUCCAAUUCUCACACAACAAAUUCGGCCCCUGGCAUGUCUGAAGCUGGUUUUGUAACUGACACAAAUGGAGUCUCGCAAAACAACGUGCUUACCAGAAAUCCCAGGGCCCAAGCUUAUGCCGAUCACUUCAGGAUGGCCCUUGACUGUUUCUUCGCCGUGUGGUUUGUUGUGGGGAAUGUGUGGGUAUUUGGUGGACAUUCCUCUGCCCAUGACGCUCCCAACUUAUACAGGUUGUGUAUAGCCUUCCUCACAUUUAGCUGCAUCGGCUAUGCUAUGCCUUUCAUUCUGUGCGCACUGAUAUGUUGCUGCCUGCCCUGCAUAAUCUCCCUAAUGAGCUUUCGUGAAGAUCUAAACCAAAACAAAGGUGCUACUGCAGAAGCAAUCAAUGCCUUGAGAACAUACAAGUUCAAAACGAAGAAGUCCCGUAACGGCGAGGGGAUUGAAGUCGGCGGCGGAGUUGUUGCUGCUGGAACAGACAAGGAGCGGAUUGUUUCUGCUGAAGAUGCUAUUUGCUGUAUCUGCCUAGCAAGAUACUCGAACAAUGAUGAUCUCCGAGAGCUUCCUUGCACCCACUUCUUCCACAAAGAAUGCGUAGACAAAUGGCUCAAGAUAAACGCACUGUGCCCCCUCUGCAAAGCUGAGAUAGACAGUGGCCCGACAACUGCUCCUGCCAUUGGCUUUGGGCGUCGCCACAGUGACAACAGGAAUAACCUCUGGCGUUCCCACAUCAUGCAGUACCCAGACCACACCAGGAAAGGUGGCCAUCUUUCUAGAGAAGUAUGGCUCUCCUUCUAUUUGCGGAUGACUCGCUUAUACUUAUGUCUGCUGAUGAAAAGAAUGCAUUAUGAGUUAGAACAAUCCUUGACGAAAAUUGUACGAGCUCAGAGUCCCCAAAUGACAAGUGCGUGGGUUUUUGCCUGCAAUGGUGGGAGUGGACCGUUCAGAUUGUUUCCGCAUCUUAUUGAUGGAGUUUGUGCAAGAGUUGCAGGGUGGAAGGAGAAAUGCUAUCAACAGGAGGAAAUCUUGGCACAACGAUUUUCUGAACCCCGUGAUGAACGAAUCGUUCGAUGGGAGCAGUUCCCACGCAAUCGAUCACCGGCUAUUGGUGUCAAGUAUUCAUUGGGUAGCAUGGUGAAAAUUAUGUAUCCUAAGCUUAUGGGUGCAAUGGGAUUUAGAAACCUAGAAUAUUUUAACCUGGGCAUGUUAGCCAAACAAUGA